ACCUCUCCUCAUUGACACUUGGUUUGCAGAGGAGCAUCUGGGCAGUGAUUUUCUUUACAUUCCGCUAAGGUUACCCAUUUAACAUUCGUGCAAGAGAAAAGGUUUCAACCAUUGCUUUUCAGCGACGCAAAACAGUCUUUGCAGAUACCAUGGCAAACCCAGGUAGCAGUUCCCAGCCACCUCCGGUUGGUUCCGGAACUAUGUCAUGGAAGAGAUGUGCUGGUUGUGGGGGCAAGAUUGCAGAUCGUUUUCUUCUCUAUGCCAUGGACAGCUACUGGCACAGUUGGUGUCUGAAAUGUUUCUGUUGCCAGGCUCAACUGGGAGAGAUCGGCACAACAUGCUACACCAAAAGUGGCAUGAUACUUUGCAGAAAUGACUAUAUCAGAUUAUUUGGAAACAGUGGCUGCAGCGCAUGUGGACAGUCCAUUCCAGCUAGUGAACUGGUUAUGAGGGCGCAAGGAAAUGUCUACCAUCUCAAGUGUUUCACAUGUUCUACCUGCCAGAAUCGGCUGGUCCCAGGAGACAGGUUUCACUACAUCAAUGGCAGUUUGUUCUGCGAACAUGACAGGCCCACAGCUCUCAUUAACGGCCAUUUGAAUUCACUUCAGACUAACCCUCUCCUGCCAGACCAGAAGGUCUGCUAAGAGGAGUUGAAUGGUGUGCAAUAGGAGCAGGGAUGUGUGCCUUCAUCUCAGACCUUGCCCACUAUUACUGGUGGGCCUUCAUGAUGGUUCUGCAGCAAGUCACCUUUCUGGUUGGUGUUUACUGUCAGCUCCAACACCCUACACCAUUGUACUUCUUGUUUUUACUCUUGACUGUCCCUUUUUUCUCUCAAAGUUAUUCCUUUGCUCAUGUGACUGGGGGGGGGGGGGGGGGGGGAAUCUUAAGGACUUCAUAAUUCUGUGCUAAUGGAAGACUGUACAGCAAGCAAGGGGGGUAAAAAGGACAUCCCAAGGAAAAAUGACACAUGAAGCUUAUUAAGAACACCUUUUU